GAAGAAUCUUUUAUUAAUUCUGACUACACAAUUAAUUGGAACAAACUUGACGGACAACUUGAGCUCUUAGAAUAUAAAGCAAUACCAUCAAAGUAUAAACCUUUAACCAAGCAAGAACAAGAUAUAUACGACAAAAUAUCAGUAUUAACUAAAGAAAAUAAACAA